AUGAGAGUUGUUGCUGUUGCUGUUGCUGUUGUUGUUGUUAAAUUUUCUACUCUCAUCUGUCAAAUAUGUGUCAAGUCAAGCAUGAUGCUGCCAGUGUUGAUUCCAGUUGCUGAAUUACUCUUCAUUACUUCUUACGUUUUGAUUAAGGUUUGUUCCUCUGCUGAUAACUCUCAGCUCAUGAAUGUUAUUCUCAUAACUGUUUCACUGGCUAGAAGAACUAAAAGUUCUUUCAUGAUUGGCUCCAGAAAUGACCAGAAGUCAGCAGAUGCUUUGGGGAUCAGAAAUAAUUGCAACUUGGAUCAUAUUGCUGUGCUUGUAUUGGAUCAUUACGGGAAGGUUGAAGUUGGUAAGGUAGACAAUGAUUAUCAAAUUUGGACACUAUGGGGAGCAAACACAUGGACAGAUAACAAAAUGACAAUGACAUUUUCACCUGAGAAAAGAUGUUUCUUUGACUACAACUACAAGCUGUCUACUCAGAGGAAGUUGUAUCAUUAUGCUUACAGGAACCAAAUUGUCACUAGCAUCUUAGCUUCUCUUGCUGAUCUUGUAACAGACUUCAUCACAAUGAAAACAUUCUAUUUGCUGAUUGAUAUUAUACAGCAUGCAUCCCUUGCAACAGACAUAAUAUGUGUCUUCUUUAAUACUGAGAAAGUGGAAAAGAAGCUUGAUAUUAAAAUGAAGAAAGCAAGCUAUACACAAAAUCACAUUUGA